AACCAUUUUAUCACCACUUUCUUUUCAAAACAUUUUGCUAUACCUAAUAUAUACAUAUAUAUAUAUAUAUAUAUAUAUGGGUGUGAAAGGCAAGUUGAUCGCUUCAGUAGAGGUGAAGUGCGGAGGACACUUGGUUCAUGAUAUUUUUCACACCAAAACUCAUCAUAUAUCCAACAUAAGCCCUGACAAGAUCCAAAAAUUUGAGAUUCAUGAAGGUGAAUCUGUAAAAGUUGGCUCAGUUGUUAACUGGAACUAUAAUGACGACGGAAAAGACAAGGUUUCAAAGCAAGUGAUUGAAGCCGUUGAUCCUCAAACUAAAACAAUCACUUGGAAAGUGAUUGGUGGAGACUUGUUAGAGUUGUACAAUUCCUUCACUAUUAUCACAUCAUGUGACCAUCAAUGGACUACAUGUACAUUUGUGUAUGAGAAGAAAACUGAAGACAUACCAGAGCCUCUCGUUCUCUUGGGUUUUGCCCUUCAUGUGACAAAAGAUAUAGAGGGUCACCUUCUUAAGUAAUAGAAUAUCGAUGCUAUUCAAUGGCUCAUAGCCAUAUUUAAAUAUAUGCAACAUAUAUAUAUAUAUAUAUAUAUAUAUAUAUAUAUAUAUAUAUAUAUAUAUAAAUAAAUAAUAUUAUGUUUGAAGAAUAUAUUACCUAUGUUCCUCUCCUUCUAGGGAUGUAUUUCCAAUGUUCAAUAAAUGUAAAAAAUUAUAUGUAAAUAUAUGGGAAUUUUGGGAUAUUUAAUUCA